GGAUACAUCUGCAGUGUUCAACUGCAUGUGUGUUUGGUUGUGUGGAGUGUGCACAUGCACUGGUGAGAACAUUUUAACCUGCAAUAACCAUCUAUGAGCAUCAACAUGCAGUAAAAUACACUAGAAUAUGUGAGACACAUGAUUAGCAUAAUUAGAGGAGAUUAAAGAGAAAUAAAGAAUUUAAGAGUCAAUCUGAAACUGUUAGUCAGUGAUUUGAGUGACACAGAUAGAAAUGGAUUGCUGUUUUCCGGAUGUUUCAUCAGAAACUAUGGAGAUUUGGUGGGUUCACUUGAAGCAGUUCAAUAAGAACUAUAUCAAAAGAAGAGCAAAACUAAAAAUGCCCUUUUUUGCUGCAUCUCAAAAGAUGGCAACUCUUGUUUGUAACAUUGGACAUAGUAUGAAAUUAUCCAGAGAAAUCCUCUUGUCUUCUGUUUUGUUGUUUGACAGGUUUAUGAGUUUUUCCUUUAAUAAGAUGAAUGAAGAAAAGUCAAACAUAAAGAAAGAACAAUGGAUGGAAACAUUACAGAAUAGUAUGGUUUUAACAAUCUGCUCUUGCUUACAACUGUCUUCAAAAGCCCUGGGUCAACAUCAAGUUCAAGUAACAGAUAUUUUGAAAUUCAUGCUAGAACAUAAUCAUAAAGUUACAAAAACCGAAGUGUUGAAAUCAGAACAAAGCGUUUUUAAAACUCUCAUGUAUAAGGUUCCAGCCUUUUCUCCCUUAAUAUAUGUAGAAACACUGGUUCAUUUGCUUCCUGUGAAGAAGCUGAAUUUGGCCUGUUCAGUGUUUAUGGAGACCUGCGUACAAUUUAUGAUGAUUGCAUAUUGUCAUCACCAAGUUUUUGUGGAAUUUCUGCGCGUGGAGCUGGACCAACUGUAUCUCGCAGGGGCUGUGGUGGUGGCUGCAGAACGUGUGCUGGCUCCAGAUGCACGUGAGACCUCAGACUGGCUAUUGUCCCGGGUGCGCCAUCUCACAGGCAUUCCCACCCGUGAAGUGAUGCGCUUAGCCACCAUCCUCUCGGACAUUGCUGCAGAUGUCCCCAAGAACCCCAAAGCGACUUCAUGAACUAACUUUGACUUGAAGUUUGGGUUCUACACAUAUAUUUUCUUUUACAUUUUCCAUGUUCGAUACAAUUUAUUUAGGCAUUUAUUAACAUUCAUUUGUAGUGGUAUAUUCUGAUUGUUGUGUUAUUUAUUGUAAUUAUAUUCACUCUCUUUCUUGAAGAUUCAACUUUGACUCAAUCUUAAAAUUACUUACAUUGAUUGUUGCCAAAUAUGUGUAAUCUGAAGCAAAAUGCUCUAACUUCUCCAAUUCUGACAGAAAUAGACUCCUGAAGUUUAUUUUUCUUUCUCUACCUUCAGUAAAUUUUUUUGUGUAAGGCAUUUAUCUUAAUCAAUUUUGUUUUUCUACGUGAUCUAGAUAUGCUACAUGUUCUAGAGAUACUUAAAUGUAAUUUGCUUUAUUCAUAUUUUUUUUCCAGGUAGUACCCAAAUGCUAUACAAGAACAAGAAGAAACAUUUAAUCACAGAAUAAAUAAUAAACAAAUA